CACGUGUCGGCCGACGCCACCUCGCACGACGCAUCCAUCAUCCAGAUUGGGCUUCGCCACCCCCCCCCCCCCCAACGCAGCCUCCCCUGAACUCGCUGGGCCGGACCGGCUUCUUAAAAGCAUGGGCCCGACUCCACACCUCCUCAGUCCUCCUUUUGGGCCGAAUAAAUAAAUUAAAAUAAUAUUCCACAUCUUAAUUUGCAACGGCGGAGAACGAACUUGUACAAAUUCACGGCGGAGAACAUGCUCUUUGAAUUCUAGCGAAAAUCGAGAAGCGCAGUGGAUGGGAUUGGGGGAGUCACAUGACGAGAUAAAGCUUAUUUUGGGAAGGUUAGGUGAACAUGUGGCCACUCGUGAACGCUUCUUGAUUUGAUUUCCACCGCUUGCGGUCUGCGGCGUGGUACUCAAACGACUGAGCUGUGGAUACUGAUCGACGUCGACGAUCACUGUCCAAGGACUAAGAGAGCACCCCCUGGCUGCUUGCCGGGGCGACGCUGAGUCAUUCAUCAGCGGGAUCAAGUUGAUCAAAGUGCGCAAUGGCGCCUUCGCUUUGCUGUUCGAGAGUGGAGAAUGCCUUCUUCUCUUCCGCGCUAUUCAAGCUGAAGAAGCAGCAAUCCGGUGUUGCUACUACUGCCAGGAAUGGCAGCAUCGCGUGGCUCGCUUCUUCUCCGUCCUCCAGAAUUUCUCUUUCUGGAGCUUCAUUUCAUCAGUCGACCUCGCGAGCUCGUUCGUUCUCCGUGAGAGCGGCCUCUCAAUCUUCUCCUGCCGCCGUCGCGGAACCGGAAGGGAUCAAGAUUAAUUCAGUGCCGACGAAGCCGAUUGAAGGUCAAAAGACGGGAACUAGUGGUCUUCGUAAGAAGGUAAAAGUGUUCAAGGAAGAGAAUUACCUAGCCAAUUGGAUUCAGGCAUUGUUCAAUUCAUUGCCUCGGGAGGAUUACAAGAAUGGACUAUUGGUACUAGGAGGGGAUGGUCGUUACUUCAACAUAGAAGCUGCACAGAUAAUCAUUAAAAUUGCAGCUGGAAAUGGUGUUGGCAAUAUUCUGGUUGGCAAGGACGGUAUCCUAUCUACACCAGCUGUCUCUGCUGUUAUCAGGAAAAGGAAGGCAAAUGGUGGAUUUAUAAUGAGUGCAAGCCAUAAUCCUGGGGGCCCUGAAUACGACUGGGGCAUCAAGUUUAACUACAGCAGUGGGCAGCCUGCCCCGGAGUCGAUCACUGACAAGAUCUACGGGAAUACUCUUUCUAUCUCUGAUAUAAAGACAGCUGAGAUUCCUGAUACUGACCUGUCUCGUCUCGGAGUUACAAAGUACGGAAGCUUCUCUGUUGAAGUAAUAGAUCCAGUUUCUGACUACUUGGAGCUAAUGGAGAAUGUAUUUGAUUUUGAACUCAUCAAAAUUCUCGUUUCACGUCCUGAAUUCAGGUUCACAUUUGAUGCAAUGCAUGCUGUUACUGGUGCUUAUGCAAAGCCAAUCUUUGUGGACAAGCUAGGAGCCAGUGUGGAUUCAAUCAUGAAUGGUGUUCCUCUUGAGGAUUUUGGACAUGGUCAUCCAGAUCCAAAUCUCACAUAUGCCAAGGAGUUGGUUGACAUCAUGUAUGCUGAAAAUGGACCUGAUUUUGGAGCUGCUAGUGAUGGGGAUGGUGAUCGGAACAUGGUCCUUGGCAAAGGUUUUUUUGUUACUCCUUCAGAUUCAGUUGCUAUAAUUGCAGCUAACGCCCAAGAAACAAUCCCUUACUUCAAGAGUGGUCCUAAGGGUUUAGCUCGUUCAAUGCCUACUAGUGGUGCUCUUGACCGUGUGGCUGAGAAGUUAAAUCUUCCAUUUUUCGAGGUACCCACUGGUUGGAAAUUUUUUGGCAACCUUAUGGAUGCUGGGAAAUUGUCAGUCUGUGGAGAAGAGAGCUUCGGAACUGGUUCAGACCACAUUCGCGAGAAAGAUGGAAUUUGGGCGGUGUUGGCCUGGCUUUCAAUUAUUGCCCACAGAAACAAAGACAAGAAACCAGGGGAGAAGCUCACCUCAGUUGCUGAUGUUGUCAAAGAGCACUGGGCUACAUAUGGCAGAAACUUCUUCUCUAGAUACGAUUAUGAGGAGUGCGAAUCUGAAGGCGCCAACAAAAUGGUUGAAUAUCUAAGAGAUCUCAUCUCCAAGAGCAAGCCGGGCGACCAAUAUGGAAGCUACGUGCUGAAAUUUGCAGACGACUUCUCGUACACCGACCCAGUCGACGGAAGUGUGGCAUCGAAGCAAGGUGUUCGGUUCGUCUUCAGCGACGGAUCACGCAUCAUCUUCCGUUUAUCAGGAACCGGAUCCGCAGGAGCGACCGUAAGAGUCUACAUCGAGCAGUUCGAACCGGACGUCUCGAAACACGACGUGGAUGCACAGACAGCGCUGAAGCCUCUAAUAGAUCUGGCACUCUCCGUGUCGAAGUUGAAAGACUUCACCGGGAGAGAAAAGCCCACCGUCAUCACAUAAAAAGCGCAAGCAAUCAAAGCCCACCAGGCCCAAGUCUCGAGCCAUAAAAAAAUGCUUUUUUUGGCUGUACGGUAUUAGUAAUUAAUUAAUUAGUUAGGAAAAAGCGUACGACGACGAAAGCCGGCUUUCCUUUCCUUCAUUGUAAAGCAAAAAAGACAAACAACCUCCGAUCUUGUACCUGGUAGUGAGUGGCAUAGAAAGGGCAGGACGGGGCAAGUGGGUAGGGUUUCCUUUCUCCCAAUGAAGAGAUAAAAGUGCUUCACAAUACCACCACGACGCUUGAGUUGAGAGUGGGGUGAGAAGGAAAGAAGAGAUGGAUAAAAGGUGGUGUAGUUUAUGGUGAGUGACCGUGUCGCCACACUCGGCAAUUGGGUGAGAAUUAUUAGGUAAUAACAUCUCCAAAAUGCAUUGAGAGGAUGAUGAAAAAUGUUGUAAAGCAGCAAUAAUGUUCAGCCCUGAAACAGCACGCACACGCGCGGUGAUUUCAGCGUCGGGACAAAAAUAGCAGCUGCAAAACAAGAAAGGAAGGUAGGAGACCCUACACUCUCAUAGUGGCCGAAUUCUUUGCAAUAGCAUCGUAAGGGUCCAAUGGGAGGAGGAAGGCCCGACCGAGCGUUGUGGGAGCUGAGUGCGUGAUCAAUUACGACAAAGCACAACUAUCCAUCCAUAUAGUAAUGGAACCACCAACACACGAGCACACACACGAUUCCUGUCCUUGGAUCGUUUCUUCUUGUUGUUUUUGGUCCUUUUAGUCUUGUCUUGAAUGCAAACAAGAGGGCGUAGUGGCUGCUGCACAUCAAGCAUUUCAACUGAAUAUAUGUCCUGAUGGGCGAAUCAUUCACAGGUCAGACUCUCUGAAUCUCACUCACUAUCGGAAACUUUAUAGGAAACCUUCCUUUUCCAUUGAUGCGACGGUGGCCCAAAGCUUUACUAUAACGUAUAUUUACAUGGACACAAAGCCUCUGCCAUUCCUCCAAAUCUAGUUGGGACGGGGGUUAUAAUGGAACGGAAAAUCUACGAUGGAAGAAAGUAAAGAAUACAGAAAUUU